AUGGCCUCACACAUUAUUCUCGAGACCUACUUUGACGAACACGAGACGGAGGAGGGACUUUGCAUCUUCCAAUACAUCCAUGACCUCCAACCUGCGGCAUCAACAGAUUUGGUCCGCGAUCCUGACCACAGCUUAUUGCAAGUUCGGAAUUCACAACUCCUUUGCCUCAAUUGUUUCUGGCGCGCCACUGUUCUUCCAAUCCUCUCCUUACCGCAGAGGGCUAUCCGCUAUUGCAAGAUCAUUGUGUUUGGUAAGCAUUCUGUUUGCCCGUUGAUUGUGACGUUGCGUUGCUAA